AUGGCACCACGGCUCAGCAGGGUGGGCUUCCGGCCAGUUGGGCUUGUGGGCCGCAGCAGCGCGACUGGGGGGGUCGAUCGCGCAGACCAUUGCCGCAAAGUCGGCCCCGGCGUCCUUUUCGUGUGCGCCGGCAAUGCGAUGCGCCUGCGCGUGGUGGAGCCCGCUGUCUCGCCCGCUGCAGUCGCCGACUCGCCCGCUGCUUCAGUGCAACUCCAGCAGCCAAUGGCGCUGAAAGCCGCCCGGCCCGCUGCCCGACCGGCGUUUGCAUCGGCCGCUCUGGCCGCCGGCGAUAAGGCCCAGACGGUCGUGGAUCUCAAUCUCUCAUCUCAUACCAUGCCGGUCCCUUGUCUGAUCUGGCGUUGCUGCCCAUGGCGUGGUGCGGCCGAUGGCUCGCAAAAAUAG